GUUCGAUCAAAAGAUGAUGAAUAUGAAAAUACAGGAGGUAUCUACACUGGACUAAUCUUGCCUGAUAAUAAUGAAUACAGCACAUUGAAGCCAACCUCAAAUCCUAUUCAAGAAGCACAAAAAACAGCCCACAGCUACGCUUAGUUCAGAGGAAACUGAGUUAGUCAGUUUAAUAUGCCGCUCUGCCAUGCAGUCCACAGGCCUUAACUGACUGAUCCUUCCCAUACUCUGGGUGAUGCAAUUGUCCAUUUGGCAUCGCUCUACCAGCUACCAUGCCCCACAGUGUGGUGCCUUAACCAAAUGAGCCAAAUAGCAGCCAUGAUUUAUGCUCUUUUUGGACUUUGUCUUCCACCCUUUGGGCCAUUUGAAAGCUAAAAGCAGGCUGUGCUGUCCCCCUUACAAAGUAGCUACAGUGUGUCUGGGACUGCUAUGUGCCUUCUCAGUGAUUGUCAUCAUUAUCCUGUUUGUCUACUUGGAGGUCCCCAAACAGUGUCCUGUGGGCUAUGUACAAUUCACCUCCCGAUGUUACCAUUUCUCCAGUGAGAAGGACGACUGGUUCAACAGCCGCAAGCUCUGCAAAAGACAGGGAGCGGACCUUGUGGUAAUAGACACCAUGGAGGAGCAGGUGUUUGUGCACAGUCACUAUACACAUAGCAAAUACUGGAUUGGGUUGAGGAAUUCAUCCGAAGAGAGGACCUGGCUAUGGGUGGACGGGUCCCAGCUCGACGUGGGGUACUGGGAUGACGGAGAACCCAACAACUUAGGACUGAAUGAGGACUGCGUUCACGGAUACAAGGAUCUUAAUGCUCUGAAGAACUGGAAUGAUAUAAAAUGUGACAACCACUUUAACUGGGUCUGUGAAACCAGCCGUCCGUGAGCCGUACGUCUCACACGUACACACGUGCACACACAUACACACUCACACACACACACACACACACACACACACACACACACACACACACACACACACACACACAAAUGCAUAUGAUGGUACAAAUGGUCUGUCCAAACAGAAAAACACAAGAUGUUAUUGUAUGUAUGGUUCUUUUUCACUGCAAUGUGCCCCUGUGACUUUUGAUAUUUCAAAUGAAUAAAUGUGUAAUGUUUA